GUGGACUUCGUUUCGUUAAUAUAACCUCUAAAUCCUAUUCAAUAUUGUAAUUAUUUAAUUUAUAUUUUCAAAAUGCAAUUAACAUUAAGGCUGUUGGCUAACAGACAUCCGUCCUUCAUUGCCAGGACGGUAUUUGUGAAGAACAACAACGUAGACGAUGCUUGCAGGCUGGUCAACAGAAUCUUGGGCAAAGAAGGCAUCUUGGAGCAGUUCAGGCUAACCAGAUACUAUGAGAAACCUUUCCAGACGAGACGACGAAUCAACCAUGAAAAGUGCAAAGCGAUCUACAAUGAAGAUAUGGAGAGGAAAAUUCAAUUUGUGCUCCGCAAGAACAGACAUGAACCCUUCCCUGGAUGCCACUGAUUAUCUAUGAAGUUUAUGUUUUCUAUUAACAACAAAUGCAGUCCCGUGUCCAUGAAAAGGGUAAACUCAAAUGGCGUUAUUCACCAACGCAUUAUUGGCCUGAAAUAGCUAUGAAUCAUUUGUCUUUAUCUGCCAUUUUGACUUAUGUAUUUGUAAGAAAGGGAUAAAACAUAAUUUAACUAAAACAGGCCCGUAGUUUUAUGAAUAAGGGGGUAAUAAUAUCGGCCACCACAAUAGAUUAAGCCCUACGAUACUGGCAAUUGAUAUAUUUGAAAUAGUGUGUAUUUUAAACUUAUCCUUAUGAUUGCAUUUGUUGUAGAUAGAACAACCUAAUAAUAUUUAGCAAUUAGAAUUAGACUAAUGUAAAUAAAACACUCAUAAAAAAGACA